GAGAGGAGAGAGAGAGAGAGAGAGAGAGAGAGAGAGAGAGAGAGAGAGGAGCGCCCACGUAGCGAGAGGGGCUCAUGGCUCAUCAGUGUGGAGUGUGCGUGUGCAGGAGUGUGUGAAGGGUGCGUGGGUGAGUGUGUCAGGGUGUGAGGUGCGGCUGUGUGUGAUGUAAGGGUACUGGGUGCACGUGUGUCCCUGGCUCACCCUCCCUUCCCCCACCAGAUGUGUCCUGGGGAGGGGUGGUCGCCCUCCGCAGCUGCCUCUCGCCCAGCCUGCCGGCCUGACCUCCUCCCCCAGGGAGCCAGAGAGGCUUAAUCGCUCCCUCCCUCGGACCCCCCAGGCUCAGGGGGAGGGUAGCCGCAGGUCGAGCCCCCUGGAAGGGAGGCAGGCUCCGGAGAGCCCCUGCCAGCCCGGGCACCCCCUUCUCUCCUCUGGAGGGUAGCUUUGCAGCUGAGGUCACCGGGCUUGGCCUGGCCCUUCCUGCGGGCCGUGUGCGCCAGUGGUUGCCCCCGCGGGGACGGGAGGUGGGCUCAGGGUCCAAUGGGUUGGGGGUGCCUUCUGCCGUGGUAUUGCUGGAGCACACAGCGGGCCUCAGUGGGUGUUUGCUGGCGAGGGCGGGGGUGAGGAGAGAACCGGGUGAGGCUCCUGCCGGCGGUCAGACCUCGGGUCCCCCUGGCGGGAGGCUUGGGUGCAGUGUGUGUGUGAGGGGGCUGCAGGAAAGAGAUUUGCACUGGAGCCUGCAGGUAGUGGAGGGGCUGGCGAGAAAAGUUGUCUCGCCUCUUCCGGGCUGACCGCGUUGCUCCUGCGCGGGGUUUCUGGGUGGCUGGAGCUCCUGCCCGGGCAUCCGCUCCUGGGAACCGCAGGAGGGCGGUGAAGGUCUGGACUCACAGGACUUCUCCUCCUUCUAGGACCCUUGAGCCCGCAGGGUGCUGCCACGUGAGCCCCUGGCCACCCAGGCUGCCGAGCCAGAGGGGCCAUGGCGGGCCGUGGCUGCCUGGAGCUGGGGCUGUUCUGCUGGACCCUGCUUGCUGUCCCCGUGGGCCCCCAGCCUGCCCCCUCGGCGCCAGGGGCCCCGCUCACUACCCUGACCCCGCCACCUCAGAGCGAGGCCUCUGUGCUGUCCCUCAACCUGGGACUCAACUUCAAGUUCCAUCUUCGGGGACCUGCUGCCGUGUGGGGGAGCCCGGUCACAGAGACCCACACCCUUGGCCCUGGGCUAGACCGGGAGGCUGAGGAGGAGGUGGGCCGAGAUUCGAGGGCUGAUUCCCUUUGGGAGCUGCUGGUGGGCUCCCCCGGGAACCCCCUUCCGGAGUGGGGUUCCGCGGAAGGCAGCUUCACACCCUGGCCUUCCGCCCUGGCCCCCGCAUCCACACCCCCACCCCCGGGGCCCACCAAGCGGCCCACGGCUCCCUCCCAGCCUAGGCUGGGCACUGCCCCCUGGGCCCUGACAGCCCUGCCCACCAGCGCUCCCAGGCCUCAGCCGGGUGAGCUUGAGCUGAAGUUCGAUGUGGCUCUGAGAGCGGGCGCAGCCCCGACCUUGGGCCACCGGGCGCUGCCUCUGCUGCCCAGCCUGCGUGCCAGCCUGGCUGAGAUCGCCGGGCGCCUGGGACCCUUCGGCUUCUUUGGCACUACCCUGUCUCCGCUCCGGAACUUCUCCGGCCAGAGUUCCCCGGGAGGCACACUGUAUCCCAGCUCUACUUCCCAAGUGUCAGCUUCUUCCGGGCCCUUCGGUACCACCCGGUCCCUACCCCCACCUCUCCUGGAGAGAAAGUUCUCAAGCCCAAGCCUGUUGGACUCGGCGGCCUCCCCAAGCUCUGCCUCAACCAAGACGACACCAGUGCAACCCGAGCCCACUGUCUCUUCGCGUCCAGACGAACCCUCUCCUGCCAGCUUCGGGAACCCUUCAGCACGGCCUGGAUGUGAUUCGGACUACUGCAGUGAGCCAGCGCUGCCCGACGGCUUGGGGCAGCCUCCUGCCUCCCCGCUGCCUCUCUUCUUCUUAACCCUGGAGGCCGACUGGGCAGAGGCCAAGGCUCGCUGGGGCCUGGCCUGGGAGGCCCACGUGUACGGGGCAGGAGCGCUCUUCGGCCUGGUGGCCCUGCUGGCCCUGCUGGCCCUGGCCCUCUUGCCCUGGCGUUGCCCGCCCGGCGCCCCCUGCCUGGCGAUGCUGGAUCUGCUGCUGCUGUCGGCGGGGACCAGCCGGGCCUUCCCGCUCUUCUACGACGCCUACGGGCACCGCGACCGGCUGCCGAGCCUGGCCUGGCUGCUGCUGCAGGACCUGCCGCCGCCCUGCCUGGCCGCCGGCCUGGGGCUGGCUUGCCUGCUGCUGGCCCGGCCGCGCGCGCCGAGGUGCCCCGCCGGCUGGGCGGCGCUGCUGCUGCUGGGGCUGGGGCUGGCGGCCGCGGCCGCCCUGGGGAGCGCCGUGCACCGCCCGCUGCGGCCGCUGCGCCUGGCCUCCCGCGGCCUGCACGCCGUCCUGGCCGCCUUCCUGUCGGGGCUCCUGCUGGCCCUCUCCUGCUGGGGCGGCCGGCGGCGGCGGGCCGGGGCGCCCCUCGGGGGGCCCGGCUUCAAGGGCUGCACCCCCGUCCCUCCGGCGCGCAGCCCCUUCGCCCCGCGGGAGUCGUGGAGGCGCGCGGCGCGCACGGCCCCGGUGGCCGGCACCUUCGGGCUGCUGAGCGGAGCCCUGCAGGGCUACGAGGUGCUCCACGCCCUGGGCUAUGGCGGCCCGGCCGGCCUGGAGGGGCCCUGGCCCUGGUGGGCUUUCCAGCUAGGCCUGCGCCUGGGCGAGGUGGGCGUCGCGCUCCCGUUGGCGCUGCUGGGGCUCUACCCCGCGCUCUGCAGCCCGCGCGUGCCCCGGCGCUGCUGGGCCAAGCUCUUCCGACUGUCUCCGGGCCACGCUGCCCCGCUGCUGCCAGGAGGCUGGGUCCCCGGGACCCGGGACAAGGAGCCCCUGGGUGGAGCGAUCGCGCGUGGGGACGCGGAGCUGCUGCAGCUCUGCGCCCUAGCGGGCCCGGGCCCCGACCUCCUGCUCCAAGGCGGCGGGUGCCGGGGCCUCGAAGGCGGCGGGGCCAACCCGCCGCGGUCGCCCGCCUCCUCCCCCGGCAGCGACUGCACGGUGGACUUCCGCCCGCCCUCGCCCAUCAACCUGCGGCGCAGCCUCGAAGAGCUGCUGGCCCCCGGCCUCUUUCAGGGGCCUGCCAUUGGGGAAGCCCUGCCUGGGCUCGGCCUCUACCGCACCAUCUCACUGGGGAACAAGGCGGGAGCCGAACCCGGGGAGGGGCCGGAGAAGGCCCCUGGCUCCCCGGCGCCUCCCGAGCUCCCUUCUCCCGGGGCCUGGCCUGCGGGUAGCAGCGCCUCAUCUGGCUCUCUGUGCGGACUCUCACGGGACAGCUCGUCCAUGCUUCUGUGCUCCAGCCCCGACAGGCCCCCGCGCUGUCCGUUAGUCUGUGUCCUCAGUCCCCCGCGGCCCUCAGGAAGCAGCCCCAGCCUCCCAGGCUCGGCCUCCUACCAGGCCCUGUCCCCACCCUCCCGCGACUCCCCUGAACAUGCUGAGCUGCAGGCUGAGGAGGCAUUGCUGCAAGAGCAAUUCCUGGAUGCCUGCCGACAGAUUGACGAGCUGAGCGUGGGCAGCGACACCAUAGACCUGUGAAGAGGCGGCUCCUCACAGCCAAACCGCCUGCCCCUUUUCUGGCAUCUAAUCUGCCCAAGACCUGCACACUGUAAAAACUCCCCCAUUCUGCCUGGUUCGGAUACCUCUCUGAUUCCUCCCCAUCCAGGGCCCCUGGGUGGGUGGGUCAGCCACCAGGCUCUGUGGAUUGGGAAUCAGUGCCAAAUUCUCCGGAGCCGUGGGUGUUGAUGCCCUCAGCUGCAGUUCGAGGCUGGCGGCGCCCCACUUCCCCUGGCCUUCACCAGCAACAAAGCUCCAAGGUGCUCCGCUCCAGACCAUCACCCCGCUCCCCCGGCGAUGAGUGAGACAGUUACCCUCAGAAGACCGAGCGCCCUACCUGGGCUCCGUACCCACUUCUGCCAACUCCUUCCCGGAACCGUUCCCUAAAGACGGAUCUGUGGCCCAUCCAAGAGACCUUACAGCAGCGCGGUGGGAGAUGAGUGUUUUCAGAGUCGUUGUAUCAAUAAAAUUAUUUUCA